AAUCUUUUGUAAUUUUCAGGUAUAAAUUGAUGCUUAUAGUUAAGGAUGAUGGCCAGUUACUAUAUCACCAUGUACAAGUUAUUGUUAGGAGUCGCCGUCUUCGGAUUUGUCUCUUCAGCGCCAACACUGAAAAGUGCAGAAAAUGUAAGGAUAGUUGGUGGUGAAGAUGUAGAAAUAUCUGAAGCACCGUAUCAAGCCUCCAUCCUGUACUUAGGCCGGCACUCUUGUGGUGGAGCGAUCAUAUCUAAAAACAUAAUAGUGACAGCCGCACAUUGCAUGAUGGCUCCAAACCCCUCCGAUUAUGAAGUUCGCGUUGGCUCAUCUUCAAACACAAGAGGAGGAGAUGUAUAUUCGGUCGGAGAUUUUGUCUCGCACCCAGGUUUCAGCUACAAAGGGAUGGACAGUGACAUAGCACUGAUCUGGCUAUCAAGGCCUAUCGUUUUUAAUGAAAACGCAUCCUCAAUUGACCUGAUGGAAUCCGGCAAGGAGUUGGAAGACGGUGACAUGGCUAUAGUAACUGGCUGGGGGAAUACCGUGGAAGGCGGUGGUAACCCGAAGAUUUUGCAAAAAACGCAAGUCCCAAAGGUGAAUGAACGAGAUUGCUAUCACGCCUACUCACCUGACUACACCAUCACUUCUAGGAUGCUGUGCGCUGGAUAUCCUGAGGGCGGGAAAGAUGCUUGUCAGGGUGACAGUGGCGGUCCAUUAGUCCACGGCAAUAAAUUGGUGGGAGUCGUGUCAUGGGGUCUAGGCUGUGCCAGACCUCAGUACCCUGGUGUUUACGCUAAAAUAUCAGCAUUACGCACUUGGCUGGACGAACACAUUGCAUAUUUGAGACUAAAACAUGUAUUAAGAGCUUUCCAUUAAAUAAUUUCUUUAUAUGAU